AUGCCGCGGCGCAGCACGGUGCUGCCGAGCCAGGGAAAAGGCCAGACACGUCAGUGGAAGCUCACGGACUUCGAGAUCGGGAAGCGCCUGGGGAAGGGCAAGUUUGGCAAGGUGUACUGUGUGCGCGAGAAGAGCAGCGGCUACGUGUGCGCGUUGAAGGUGAUGUCCAAGCAGGAGAUCGUGUCCUACCACAUCGAGAAGCAGAUCAUCCGCGAGAUCGAGAUCCAGGCCAACAUCCUGCACGAGAACUGUCUUGCGCUCUACGGCUGGUUCCAGGACGACCAGAACGUCUACCUCGUGGUCGAGUACGCCGCCCACGGCGAGCUCUACAAGACCCUCACCAGGCUCAAGCGCCUCGCCGACCCGCUCGCCUCCUACUACAUCUACCAGGUCGCCCGUGCCUUGAAGCACCUCCACAGCAAGCACCUCAUCCACAGGGACCUCAAGCCCGAAAACAUCCUCAUCCACCUCGACCACCGCGUCAAGCUUGCCGACUUCGGCUGGUCCGCCUACGUCGGCGGCGACCCGGCCCCCAACACCGGCAACAGAAGAACCACCAUGUGCGGCACUCUCGACUACCUCCCGCCCGAGAUGGUCGAGGCCCGUCAGCACGACCAGCGCGUCGAUGUCUGGGCUCUCGGUGUGCUUCUCUACGAGCUCCUUGUUGGCCAUCCACCCUUUGAGGAGAAGCAUGCUGGCGACACCUACAAGCGCAUUGCCCGGGUCGACUUCUCCGUCCCCGAAUGGGUUGACGCCGACGCACGUGACCUUUUGGCAGGGCUUUUGCGGUACGACGCGGAACGACGUACGACACUUGACGAUGUCGUAAUGCACAGGUGGGUGUUGAAAAACAAGUUGCGGUGGGAAAAAAGCUGGCGGUGA